AUGGUGUCUCUUUCGAAGGAGGAUGUACUGGUAUUAGAGGAUUUGCCACUAAUGGACAGUGAAGUAGCAGCAUUUUGUGAUGUCUUGGAAAAGAAGAUAAAGAGAAAGGAGAUGGCAGACGGAAUAGCCUUGACAUUCCCAGACAAUGGAAAGAUGGUGACUGUGGUGUAUGAAAAUCAUGGGGGAAUGUCAUUUUCUAGGGCCUUUCAUCAUACAGACACAGUACAGAGUGUGUACACAUUUAUUUGUCAGAUUAUUGACCCAGAAAUUCUCCCUUCUGUAUUCCAUUUGGAAUGCAUUUCACCAACAACCUGUACAGAAAGAGAAUGCAUUCAUUGUUUUGAGCUCACAGAGUGUUUUGAAAUGCCAAUUGAUAAAUUGCCAUCAUUGUUGGUAUUGAAAGAGGGGAAUUAUCUGGUGGAUGAAACCAUGACAUUUUAUGGAACUGUGCUUUUAAAGAAAAACUAGACUGGCGGGUUCUACAUAACUGUCCGGUUUAUUUGUGUUCAUCUUUUGAUUAAACUCUUAACCAAAGUUUACUGAAAUCAGAAUG